AUGGCCGGGGGAAGUUCUGCACCAAGGGAGGAUGACAACUUGGCCGUGGAGGUUCGCCGAAGCGCGUUUGAGGACCUUGAGGAGAAGCUGGUGUGGCGCAAGAAUGCGCCACUGCUUUACGACCUCUUUGCCUUGUGUGACUUGGAGCAAACAGCACAAUCUGUGUCCUGGCUCCCAGACGUGGAGGACGAACCGACCAAAUUGGCAGUUGGCCUCCGGCAAAAAGGAUGUCAGAGGAGUAAGCUCCUGGUGCUGGAACUCACUUGCUUGGUGGACAAUGAAUCUUCCGAAGAACCUUGGAAAACGUGGAGCAUUGAGGAUUUGGGCGCUGUGAGUGGCUUCGGUCUCAAGGGCAUGAAAGAUCAAGCACCGUUGCGAACGGCCGUGGAGUUCAAGAUGCCUUCGGAUGCAAAUCGAAUCGCCGCCUGCCCAACACAAGCUUCGCUUCUUGCCGUCAAGGGAUGCUGUGGCAAUGUGUUCCUCUAUGACUGCAAGAGUCCAGAAGGAUCAGGAGGAUCAGAAGGAUCGGCAGGUUGUAAAGCCACGUUAUCCGAAGAGAAGCCAGUUGAAGGAUAUGCUUUGGAAUGGAGCCCUUCAGAUGUGCAUUUCUUGAGCACUGGUGGGCAUGAUGGGUUGCUUAGCAUCUGGGAUGUACAGGCCAAAUCAAAGCUUUGGUCUACCAAGGCGCAUGAAGGACCCUUGAAUGAUUUGUGUCACUCUGCCAAUGGCCAGCAGUUGGUUACACUUGGAGAGGAUCAUGCCACUGUCAUUUGGGACAUUCGUUCCAAAUCCAAAGCCUCUGGAUUUCAAGUUGCAACAGAGCAAUUGAGUGUAGACUGGAACCUGUCCGAAUCCCACUUGCUUUUGACUGGCGGCAAAGAUGGAGUCCUGCAGAUUUGGGACAUGCGCAAAGUGCACACACCCUUCAAGUCUCUGAAGGGCCAUCGUGGAGAAGUGGUGCAGGUCAAAUGGUGUCCAAGCGAGGUCACCGAUUCAGGUGUUCCAAACCAUUUCUUGGCGUCUGCCUGUGCAGGUGGCCAGACCAUUUUGUGGAACAUGUCAGCUGAUGAGCCGAAUGAGGAUGGCGAAGCUCCAGAGGUUCUUUUCAUUCAUAGCGGUCAUCAUGGCGCCGUGAAUGAUUUCGGGUUGGCCCCUUUGGAUGACUUCCUUUUUUGCUCCGUGGCUGAAGACAAUCUGCAGCUGUGGCAGCCGGCUGCCGUCAUCAUGGAAGAGGAUGAGUGUUGUGAGAGCGCCGCAAAACGCCAGAGGAAUGACUGAACGGACUGAAGCUGAGACUCAGGGGGACGAGUCGAAAUGAGUCGAAAUGAGUCGAAAGAUUGAACAGCUCAGGCCCUGCGGGUCCAUAUUUGCCUGCGUGGCACUGAUUCUGGAUGCCGGG